AUGGAAAAAGCAAAGAUUUGUUGACCAUGAAACAAGAGGAAGCAGAGUGGAUAGAAUAUCAAAAUGUGACUGAUGACGUAAUCAUGAAGAGUGGGUUGGAUAAGAAAGUUUUCUAUGAUCUUAGGGGAAAUCAUGAUAGCUUUGGGGUGCCAGAAGUUGGUGGUGAAUAUGAUCUUUACCGAAAGUAUAGUAUCAAUGCACGACUAAGAAGAGAUGGAAAUGUCCAGAGUGUCACUUUACAGUACAGGGGAAGGAAACACGUUUUUGUUGGAGUUGAUAGCUUCAUGGAAAUUGGUCUUCGUGGUCCUACGAAUCUAUUUGGGCAUCCAACUGACGAGUUGCUUUCUGAUUUAGACAUGGAACUUGGUCAAUGGGAUGCUGGAUCCACAGAGUCUGUAACAAAAAUCGCAUUUGGGCAUUUUCCCUUGUCAUUUACAGCAACAACAGAUAAAGGGAAAAAUGUCAAAGAUGUGUUCCUUAAGCAUUCCUUAUCAGCUUACCUUUGCGGUCAUCUCCACACUAGGUUUGGCAAAAACCUAAAGCGCCAUCAUGUUGAGUCAAGUGGGACAUAUUAUCAGUUUAACAUGCACCAAGGAAAUCCUAGUGAUAAGAGUAACGAAAAUUGUUCCAAAAAUGCUGAAUCCUCUAAGGAGUUUUGGGAGUGGGAGAUGGGUGAUUGGAGGAAAAGCAGAAGCCUGAGGAUUGUUGCCAUUGAUUCUGGUCAUGUUUCUUUUUUAGAUCUAGAUUAUCAGUUGGGAUCCAAGGAUACAAUCGUCUUACCAACAUUUCCUUUGGACUCUAGAUAUAUGCAUAGAAUUUCAACAUCUCGUGAUUUCCAAUGUCCAUCGACAGGAACCUCUUCACAUGAAACAGUGAGAGCCCUUGUUUUCUCAAGAAGAAUGAUCGUUUCGGUUUCACUGAAAAUAUAUGACUCCAGGUCUGGCCAUUUUCAUUUGGUGCUAGAUCAAGCGAUGAUAAAGCUUAAAAGUAAUGGAAGUAGGGGAGACAUGUAUGUGGCUCCAUGGAAUUGGAGAGCUUUUAUAGACCCAUCCCCAGAUCGUUUUUUGCUUCAAAUUGAAGCAACUGACAUUUCAGGGAAACUUACUUAUAGCCAGCCAAGGCCAUUCUCGAUCAAUGGCCUCACUGCAGAAGCCAAUUGGAAGUGGAAAGAAUUUUUUGUGAUGGGUGUUCAAUGGGCUGCUCUUUAUGAACCUCUUUUGCAUAUUCUCCAUUCACUUCUCUUCAUACUGCUUGUCGUUCCACGAGUUUUUCUCAUUUUCUCUAAAAAUUAUACUGCUUACAAUAAGAAUAACCUUUCCCGUGGUAGCAGAGAGAAGAGGAUCUGUUUAAGUUUCGUUGAUACAGGAAUUUUUGUUUUGGUGGAGCUUUGCCGAUUGAUAGAAAUAUGGUGGGGAAUUCUUUUAUAUCUACUCUACCUGGUGUUUUUGCCUUGGUUCUUUGGCCAUGUGUCCUCUGAAGAUGGGAAGAUCUCCUACAUGACCCAAAGAGGAUGGUCGGUUUCUUCUUCCAAGAAUGGAAGUCAAAAUACUUAUAUUGGCGUGCCAGAUAUCAUGGUGAUUGUUCUACCUCACCUUGGUUUUGUUGUUUUACCGACAUUUAUUAUUGUAGCUGCGUUGGCUGCAGAAAGAACAGCAUACCGUUCACAUUUACACUCACUUUCUGGUAAGAAGGAAGAUGAUCAUUACAAAGAGAGGAAGAGAUAUGUAAUAAGAAGGUUCUCAGAUGCAUUUGGAUUUUGGAGUGUGCGUUGGAUGAGGAAAUUAUUAUUAUUCAUCUCUUUGCUGAUCUUAUGGAAACACUGGAAGCAAUGCAGAGCCAUCGUGAAG